AUGGUCCACAAUGCAUCAAUCGAGGCCCAUAAUGUGGCUGCGGAUUACUACUUAGUGUUCAAUAAUGAGUUGAAACGCUUUGCUGAUCCAUUGUGGUGCAAAUCGCAGCUUGCAAGCUCUUACGUGCACGUUAAUAGCAGGGUGAAAUGGGUUGACAUGCUUGGGCCAGAAGAAAAGUACAGAGACUUCAGUGAUGAAGAGAGUCAAGCGAGUGGUAAUGAGAAUGAGGGAGAAGGCGAAAAUGAGACAAUUUACGCGGGGGUGUUUUGGAGCCCUGAGGAGAAAGAGGUUUUUUUUCACCACUUAUCUAGAUCGUCAAUCCAUAGGCUCGAGGAAUGGGCCAAAUAUCUGCCGCAAAAAUCCAAGUUCGAAAUACUCACCUAUUUCCAAGUGCUGAGCAGGAAUCUGCGAGACCUCAAACGCCUCAAUAGCAAGCGUCACGGCGGCAUCUUGACCAAGAAGGAGUUUCCCAUAGCGUACGAGAUGGAUGAAUUCUUCACGGACCUGGAAGAAGACAUGAGUAGAAAGGCGGACCAAAAGCUUUCCAUAUUACAGGAACCCGAUAGCCAACCCAGCUGUGCACAAAAUCCAGACUACGUACAAAUGCAAGGUAACCAAAAUAUGGAUGCGACCGCGCUCAUAAGCGUUGAAAAUUGGUCGAAACGUUGGAAUCCAAUCUAUUCUAAGACCAGAGCACCUGAAUUGAGCCCAGCUUCCAAAAUUGCGCUGCCAUUUUCUCAAGAGUCUCUGGACUUUGCAACUGUUUGCGUUAAAUCAUAUUUGCGCAAGGUUCUGUGGUUUACCGUGCUGCCAAAUUUAGAUACUAAGCAUGUUGCUAGACAUAAGCUGUCAAACGAAGAUUUUUUUGCAAAUGAUGUAGUUGAUGAGAACGAAGGUGAGCUCAUGGUUGAAGGGGAUUCAAAAUCGCUUUUCCCGCAUGUGGUAACGAAAGAAGACGUUUGGAAAGGCUUGGCAGUCAUGCGACAAGAAGGCUUGGCCGCUCCAACUUUAGCAGAAACUGUUUUAGCGACCUUGAAAAAGUUUGAACUGAAACACGAGGAAGGGCGGCUGUUCAAAAGUUCACAAGUGGCAAUGGGAAUCAUACCGCGGAUAUUGGCUCACGCUGAAGUGGCGCACGAUUUGGAUUCAUUUGCGCGUAGUGCCAAGAGUCAGAAGAAGGAUGUGGACCAAGAAUGUGAAAACGAUUUGAACCACAUACACCAAAAGCUAUUUCGAAUAAAUGGGAAGAAGACUGGCGUUGAUCGUUUUGUAGUAGACGACGAGUUUGACCUAUUGGAAAACCCUUUAGAAGAGGCCCUGUGUGAUAUAGAAACUAGGACUCUUGAAGAGCACGAUGUGCAAUCUUCACGGCUAUAUCAGCACAUGCUGCUCACAUUCUUGCAGGGCGAGGCAGGCGUAUGGGAAGCGCUUGAUGUGGAUCUGCCCGAGAAGGCCACAGAAGCUAGCAUAAUACCAGAGCCCAUACAAAGAGAAUUCCAGUACCAAUAA